CUUGCCGCCCGAUGGCGCUGUCUGUCCUGCGUCGCGAUCUCGUCGAGGCGGCGGACGGUGAGGUUAUGAACGUCGGCCGCUGCAAAACGCGGGGUGCGGUAAGGUCGCGCGCCUGGUCGGCCGAAAGUGUCAUGCCGCACGCAGAUCUAGUGUCCGUGGGUCUACCAAUGCCCCGAGAACGGUGAGCCGAGAGUUCUGCGCGUCGCAGCAGCCCGCGAAUCCCCGAGGACAGCCUCGAGCCAGCGGUUCCGGCCAGAGUCGUGACCUCCAGGUGGUCCAGACCGACUUCGCUGACGAAACAGGGGAACGGAGCACAGUCGAGGUGGACCAGGCAUCGAGUGGUAUUGGAGGUCUCAGCGUUAUCCACCGAGCGCUCUCGAUUCCGGUGACCUUUACAAGGACAUCCUCUAGUGACCCUCCGUAGGUGUAUAAAUAACCUUGCCACAUAGAGCGUCGUGCUUCAAGUUGGGGAUAAUCGAUUCCGCCGAUGCGCCCCGUCGACGUCACCGGGAGAUGUGACCCGGGGUACGGAGAGACGAAGACCUGCCAAACUCGUCGUUUUCGUUUACCGGUCGACACCUGCUGCACGCUCGCCGGGUAAGGAUGUCUCUUAGGAAGUGCGCGUGACUCGAAGUACCCACGUGGUCCGGCAAGAUGGCGGAAGCUCAAGGUGAGUCCAUGGUAAACGGCGCGGCACCCGAAGAGGUCGCUGCGGACGCGGGUGGUCGCGCCACGAACGAAGAGGGUGCAAACAAGAGGAGCGACCCCACCAGCGCCGUGGAGAACGCCAGCAUAAAGAUGGAGGCGGGAGAUUCGAGCGGGGAUCAAACCAGAUCCGACGAGGCGGUUCUGGAGGCGUCGGAGAACCUUGAGAAACGUGAAUCGGAAGUAGAGAAUUCCGAGGAAACACCUACCGCACUUUCGAAAGAUACCAAGGUAAGGGAGGAUAGGUGCUCGGGCAAUCUAGGGGAGACCAAGGAGACCACGGAGGAGCAGAAGGAGGUAGGAGCUGACGAGGACAAGUCCGAGUCGAAGGAAAAGACCUCCGGGCAGGCUACCCCAAGGGACGGGGUACCCCCGGAGAAAGACCUACCGGAAAACCUUCCAGAGGGGAAAGAAGAGGAGCAGAAACCUCGGCCCCAGGCGGUUUCCAAGUCCUCGAAGAGGAAGCUGGACCCCAAAAGUGAGUACCAGGAGGAGAGCAGACCCAAGGAGAAGAAGUCGACGAGCGCGGAGGCUGCUGGCAAGUCGGAAGCGGGAUCCGGAGCCACCGUGAAAGAGAAGGACCGGAGACGCGGCUCCGGGAGGAGAGGCAGCGAAGAAACCAGGGCGGACGCGGGGUCCGGGGGCGGUGAGUCGAGAGACCGGGUCGUUAAGGAGCAGGAUUGUCAGUUUCGGGACGAGGACUCGAGGCUGGAGGGCUCGGAAGUCGGCAUCGUCGGCCCUCCCACCGCCGUCAGGGACCUCGUCAGCGAGGAGGAGCUCAGGACGGAAUCUGACUUGCCGACCGAGGGCAAGGCGCAGCUGCAAGACCACGUAGCCGAGUGGGUGCAGAACUCGGUCAAGCCGGAGGGGGAGCUGGAGCGACUCGAGGACGACGAGGAGGGCGUCGAGUCUCGCGGCGAGGUCGCCGAUGGCUCCCUCGGGAAGCCCAGGAAGGGCAGCGAGCCCGUCGGAGCGGCCUUAGCUUCCAGGAAGUCCCAGCGCGUCGUCGUCAGCAAUAUCAUCAAGAAGAGCAUCAAGUGCUUGAACAAGAUGCAUGCGAUGGACAACGUCGUGGGGAACGGUAAGAGGGUCGAAGCGACCGAGAAGAAGGAGGAACCGACCCAGAUCUCGCCGAAGAUUCCCCAAAGCCAGCAGAACGGAGCAGCUCUUCCGGAAGAGACCGCGGCCGCAGCUGCAACGGACCACGUGCGUCCUACCACGGUCAAGAAAGAGCCAUUCUCGGAGCACGAGGACGACCAAAAGCCGAGUUUCAGGUUCUCCGGGGAGACCGAUGCAGCCCCCACCAGGAAACGGAGGUCUCCGGAGGAGACCUCUUCGACCAACGGGAAACCUGCGAGUAAACGGGUCUGCUUCGAGCAGAGGGAACAGUUCAUCUCGUCGUUGGUGGGUUGCGACAAGGUCACCGCCGAGGAACUCGCAGCCAGGGCCGAGCAACUCCGCAUCGAGGUGCAGGCGCUGGACGAGCUCGCGCGAGCCAAGGAGAUGGAGUGGAACGAGAUCCUUAGCAUGAGGAAGCUGAAGGAGGAGGCCUACUUGAGGAUCGAGAGGAAGAGGCAGGUCGUGGGCUUCAUGGAGGGCAACGGCCAACUCGCGGAAACGUUGCCGCCGUCUAGUAUGACCCUAGCGGCCGAAUGGGAAGCUGGCAAUACUGCCGGGAACAAGGAAAGGUGCGAUUACGGCUCUCAGGGCUCCCAGGAAGACGGCUCCCACGAUGACUCGCCCUUGAAGAAAGAAAAGUCGAGCAAGGGGCAGUCCCAUCGACGAACCUCCUCUCCGAAACAAUGCGAGAAUGGACGCAAACAGGUCAUGGAUCCGCAGAAUCUGGAGAACAGACCGAUAGGCGAGGGCCGACAGGGUCCCAUCGUGGAUGUCAGAUCCAUCAUCGCCGAUUACAGGCUGCGACAUCCCGAGACCGUCCCCAGAAGGAUGAGGAACUCCGUGAACGUUGGACUUGGAGCUGGUGGAGCAAUGGUAGAGACUGGACACACCGUGGACUCCAGGCCUUCUAGCACCGACUCUUGCAAGAGCAACUCCAAUGCCACCGAUCCUAAUAAUUCCAUGAGCUUCAAGGACGUGCUCGUGCAGUUCGCCAAGCUGAGCCAGCAGCAAGGGGAGCCGUUGAAGACGCCGCAGAACUACCCGGACGUAACGCUUCAUCCGGUGGCCCCGUCUCCGGUUCCUCAGAGCCCAGCGCCUCAGCAGACUGGCUCGCUGCUACACGGGAUCCUUACCAAAUCCCAAUCUCCAAGGCCGGCGACUUUCUCGCCAACCUUGGCGAGGUUGUUGACGGCUCCCGAGCGGGAGAGAAAUGCUCCCGUCACGGCUUCGGCCCCGCAGCAGAACACGACCCAGCACCUUCUCCAAGCGUAUCAGGGGUCCAAUCCCGUUUCCAUAAGCGAUCUUCUGUCGUCGUCGAAGGCACGAACCGAAAUAACUAUCACGCCGGUCGUUAACACCCCGGUCCAGUCUCACUCCAACAACCUCAUUCACGUGUUUGUUCAGGAUGACGUGGAAGAGGAAACGUCGGUCAUCGAGGAGAGGGACACGCGGAUAUCCUCAGGAAGCAGAGACGGCAGAGAAGGUCGCGAGAGCCCACCACGUUGUCAGGGCUGCCACGAGCGCGCUGCACAGUUCGUCUGUGCUGGUUGUGGCAACCAGUGGUAUUGCAGCCGAGAAUGCCAGGUUUCCGCCUGGGAUGAACACUCGGAAGUCUGCUCGGGUUAAACGGGGAACGAAGCUUCGUCGUCGUUUUACCUACGACCGUCAGUGGACUUCCGAGAGCGAAGUCGGCGCAUUGCAAAUGAAUCUAGUCAAGAAAAAACGCCAAGAAGAAGAGAGGACUAUGGAGCGGUAAACAAAGAAGGGGACAAAAUAUGUCAGAUGUAGAAGAGAAGAGCGUUGUAUAUUUUUAAGGACCCUUCUCUCAGAUAUAUGUAUGAAUAUAUAUGUAUAUAUACAUGUGCGUAUGCGUACAUAUAUAUAUUUAUAUAUAUAUCGCGUGGCCCGUAUAAAGGAGGGAAAGAGUAGCUGUGCGUUUCCACUUUAAAAACGAGAUCUACUGCCAAGGAUCGUUAGUUCUGCUUGCUUAAGAACCUUGAAAGACUUUAUAUUGAAAUAAGGAAUUCGGGCGAGUUAGAUGGAGCUGAUCUCAGUGCUGGGUAUAGUCUACCGUUAAAAAUUGAAAACACGGGAGGUUUUACAGAAUUGUCGGUUAUGUGUGCGAAUUAAGUUUCGCGAUUUUCUAUUUUCAGUAUAAGACCCUGAAAUAGCUGUGUUCUAAGUACAGUGACAUAUCUAUUUAAUGUAGUUAUAUUUCAUGGUGGCGACCGGAAAUCAUUUUUUGAAAAUAUAAAAUUUAGCAAAAAUAUAUGUGACGAUACAUCGCUUUGGAUAUGAAUUACACGUUUCGGGUUGGCGUAUGAAGUAUAACUAUUCCAUUUUGUAAUUUCGAUUGUUUCUUUUUCUUUAUGUAAAUCGCUCAUUUGAUAUAUGUUUUUCGCUUUAAUUAAAGGCGUUUAAAAUAGCUCAAAGGAUUCCGGAGAUAAUAAUGCCCAGCACUGGUUAGAGUGCCUCUAGAGAGAAUUUAAAGUAAGCGGUACAUCAAUUUAAAUCGUUAAGUGUUGUCCCAUUGCAAAUCGAUGAUAAUGUCAUUAAAUUAUUUUUAAGAAAAGUAGACUUGUGACAACGGGAUAGCGGUCCAAGUACUUUGUGGAUUCUGAGAUUAUUUUGCACCUAAUAUACUUACGUUAAGGAAAGUAAGUUUUUAUUUUGUUACCUUAGUUCUUUCUUCCUCGAAUUGAAUGUCCGGACUUGUUUAGAUUGGACAGAGGUUUUUCAGUUGUCAUGAAUAAACGGUCAAAGGUGCAAAAAUCAGAAAAGUUCGAAAGCGAAUCAUUAAGUUCAAAGAUUUGCAAUGCGAUAACGCUAAGUGAAAUGUACUUUGAUAUUUUUAACUAUAGGCACUCUAACAAUCGGCACCCUUAAGGCAGUAUAGAUAUCGGCUUCUCGCGAGUACGGCGAUCCCUAUCGUGAUAAUCAGACUUUUUACGCUGGACGAUGUUAUCUGAAAUUUCCGCAUUUUCUUUUUCUUUUUUUUUUUUUAAUUUGUUACUUCCUUUUCCUUUUAAAUACGACUAUAAAAUAGGUUUUAGUGUAAGCAUCACCAAAGUGUUAGUAGGAGGCGCUCUCGAUUAAGGGAGCUGAGGAGGCGUUGUACCGAGGACUUAUUUUCCCAGGCGAGGAUCCGAGGGAGUUGCCGACGUACGAGACUGCUUCGAAUACUUAAAACAAGCAAAGGGAUCGCAAUUCGGGAGUGAAAGAAAUACCUUGCGACGUUGUACAUAAAACUUUCUACGAGAUUGGCGCAGCGUUGUUCCGAGUUAAGCGACACACACGUCACAGGCUUGGUCGAUCGAGUGCCAUGAAUAAACAUGAUCCUUUUUCGCGACAUUUUUUCCAUUUCCUCCGUGAUAAAGUAAAUAUUAAUGGGCUCUCUUUCUCCGCUCGGGGAUUACUGAAGUUUAACCAUGAGAAAAAUACGAGACUUCCUGCAAGUAGGACUUUGUAUUUUCAAAAUCGGUCAAGAUUGUCCAAGAAAUUCGCGGAGAGGUCUGCGGGAUAGGUUUUAGGGAUUUUGACGAGCGUUUUUCGAGUUAUUUUAAUUUUAAUAUAUAUAUUUUUUUCCUUUUUUGUUUUUCCUUUUUUAACCGAAGCCUUGAAGUCUCGCGAAUGCACCUUUUUACUUCCUAGGCACGUGGCGAUGUUGCACGUCGUAAUGACGUACAGGCCGUUGUAUCGAAAUUGUAGGACGUUCUCGGAGGCCACUCGUCACGUCGAGCCGGAUACACGUACAGAAGAGACACGUACCACUCGUACCAGACACCAUACUAUUUUAUACCAUAUUUGUUACCAGCGUGUAAAUUAGACUUAAAGAAGCCUUAGCUUUAGCCUCUAGACCUAAGUCGUUUUUGUAAUUUCGUUGGUAAAACAUGAAAGUCGUUUUAAGUUGAUCCGUUUGUUGUGGAGGAGAGAAGAAUACGACGUUUACGCGAAUAUUUUCACCCGGACAUAAUCUGUAGCCCAAAGUUCCUACAGGUACACGCAAUUAUAUAUUUUUCCCAUUUAUGAAGCAAACCAAAAUAAAGUUUUUAAUCGUACGAA